ACGCGACGCCGCCGCUGCCGUUAAAAAAUAUUCGUUUUCGUUAUCAGCGGCUGUAGGUAGUGUUCGGCGACCGUUGUCGUUCGUCCCACGUCUCGCGUCCGACGUGGUCGUCUCCGAUAUUCCGACCACGGAACAAUAGAAAAUACCGUCGUCGUCGCGAUAAAUAGUGAUUCAGUCGCGCGACCGUUCUCACGACCAUCUUCGACCGGAUCGCGUCCGGGUGGUCGUCGUCUCGUACGACCAGUGUCGCGUGCGCGUAUCGAUCGGCGUGCGAAAACCGGACGGAAGUCGGCGGCCGGCGAAAGAAGAGGAAGAAAUCAGUGACAAGAAUUCUAAUGGUGGCGGGAAACCCUGUUCAUGCCAUCGGAGGAAUUUUAAUCACCACAAUCCAUGAACAAUUGUAAAUAGAAAUUUAGAAUAGACGACAAACAAGAAAAAAAACAAAAAAAACAAGAAAAAACAAAAAAAAAGAAUCAUUACGAUUCUAGAUGUUAAGUUUAGUAGAUGUUAAGUAUUAUUGGAACGACAAUAUUAUAUAUUUUUUUUUUUUUUGCAUAUGGUAUGCCAUCUAAUAAUCAGAAAAUAAUAAUUGAUAACGAGGACUAGGGCAACAAGUACAAAUUGUGACAAAAAAAAAAAAAAGAAAAGAAAAAAAAAGAGAAGUUAACAAUAAUAAUAAUAAUUAUAAUACAGCUGAGACGAAAAUUUACAAAGGUGACGCAACAAUAACGAAAAUAGUGACGGAGACCAGUGAUGCAGUCGGCGUCUUCGGUCUCGCCUCGGCGUAGGCCGUGCUUCUUGGACGUAGACGACGGUCGUGCCGAACAGCGGACGGUAAACGCGACGACGUCUUCGUCCGUGGACCGACUGCUGGCAGACAUCGCGUUCCAACGGCAGAAAGAACGGCGACGCGCAGCCCUCCGUCGGACGAGUCGUCGCCGUCACCACGGGGACGGACGACAACCGCGCGCCGAAAGAACCGUGGUCGCGGGAACCACGGACGAACCGACGACGGUGGCCGAAAUCGACGACGAAGCAGCCUCAGCGUACUGGUGGACGGACGUGUUCCUCCGGUACUUUGUGUUCGACGACGAUUACACUCGAGCGAACUCGGCCGCGGCCGAUUCGGACGACCUUUUGUUCUUCGUUCGGCGUCGGCGCGACAAACGCAAGAGCAACAAGCACAGAUCGCCGUUGCAACAACAACCACAACGGCGACGGCGGCGGAUCGUGUACGACACCCGGGCUUACCGCAAACAGCAGCCCCAGCAGAAGCCGACGACCAUGUUGCCUAUUGGCGACCCGGCGAUAUUAUGGCCUCACACGGUGUGCCUGAACGCCAUUGUCCACCGGUUCCGGUACACGUUGACGGUGGCCGUGUGCAUACGGGUGCCCAGGAAAUCUGCCGGUACCGGUUAUUACUGCCAGUACAGCGACGAUCGAGACGAAUUCGAACUCGACGACGGACAAGAUCACGAAUACGACUUGCAGCUCCUGUCGCGCCACGUACACACGGUGUACGCGUCGACCAGCGGUCGACGUAUGGACACGGACAAGGGGCCCAGGGAGCGACCUGUGUAUCCGGCCGUUUGUUGGGCAGCUGACGAUUACGCCGAGGCGUUCCGCACCGUGAUCGUGCGACCCGGUCAAACGGUGUGCGCCGAGUUGGUGGCCGCGUGGCCGGGCUCCACGGUAGUUACCGAGAAAUACGUAGACGCAUCGGACGACGACUGCGACGGAGGUUGCGAACAGGACGGUGCCGACUGCGACAAUCACUUCCGCGGUCGCCAAACGUCCGCGACGUCCGUCAAAGUGCAACACACGCAGAACAGAGCCGUGAUCUUCGCAGGCGCUAUCCCGUACGCCGCCGUGCGCGCUGCAUACGAAUGUAAGAUGAGCUUGUACCGGGAGGCCGAACGUCGACGGAAGAGGCGCCGGCAACGGGAACGCGGCGGUGGCAAAAAGUCGUCGCUGGGCGCUGCCCUGUCCGCCUCGCUGACGGCUCUGUUCACCGGCGGCAAAGGGUCGGAUUGCCCGUCCGACCACGGGGACUGCGACUAUUAUUACGGAGGGGUCAACGCUGCCGAUCGAGUCGAAUACGUGACUGUACGGGGCUGCCGCCCGGAACGUGGCGACGGUGACGGCGGUGAACUUUCUUCGGGCGACGAAAAUCACGGAAACGUGGACGAGGAAGACGUCAGCGCCAACGGCAACGCUUACUACGACCGCACGAAAGGUCUGGCCCAGAUGGCUGUCGCGCUCGCUCCGGCACAGCGAGAGGAAACGGUCCCCUCGUGCUAUGAUAGCGGUGGUGAAUACCAGCACCACCAACCGCUCUACAACGGCGAGGAGCACAGUGGCGGCGACGCCGUAUACUGCUACGAUAACAACGUCCAAGAUAAUGGAUCAGCAGAGAACGUAGGUGUCGAGUAUUACGAUGGCGUGGACGGCAAUACGACACCCGUGGACCAUCAUCAGCAAAUGGAGUCAUCGUCGUCGCUGUACAAUGCCGGAACCACCGCUUCGGAACCAGGUGAUUACUACGACUACGGUUGGGACUACGAAACAGCAGCCAGCAGUGGGCAACAAACGCCACAGACGCCGUCUUACCAUUACCAGUUGCAACAACAGCAACAACUCGAACGGCAGAAACGUCGAGGUGGCAGACCGCGACGGCUCAGCGAUCCCUGUUCGACGUCUGUAUAUGAUUUGUUUGACGACAAUUGUGACGAUGGUAAUGGAACACAAUACCAGCUCAACCAACAGCCGUACUCUGCUAGUCAUUACGACAGACACGUCGGUGGAGUUCAUCGAAAACAUCGCAACCACCAACAAAUGCAGCAGAAGCAGCUGAACAGCUAUGGUGGAACAAUAGCAGCAGUGGUAACACCAGGAAGAGUAGGGCUAGUACAGUACCCGUAUCGAGCCUGGUCUGAGAGUGAUGGGUUGAACCGAUGCGGCGGUGGUGAUACUGGUCAGCGAAAGCAGCAAAAUAUGCUUCCCUUACCCCCGCCACCUGUACCAUAUUAUUGUGCUGCCGAAGCGGCCGCCUCUGGCUUUCUGCAGUUCGUGCGCAAGAGCCCGGGUAACUGGUGGACACGGAUUAAAAACCACCGAAGAAGGCGAAGAAAUGAUCAGCAGAAUAUCAAGUCGACUACGGCGGUAAAUAUGCAUCGGAGUACUAGUGCCGACGAUAAAGGAAGCAAAAGUGACUGCUGCUCAAUCACUACCGCCAAAUGUACAAUUGUCUCCGACAAAGACAAAGAUAGCGAUAACAGUAAUGAUUCGGGUUCGAACUCUGAUAGUAAUAGAUCAAACUCAGAAGAUCAAGACAGUGAUGGUGAGUUUAUUGGCGCCUUGGCCGCCGCGGCAGCUUUUGGCCAUAAUCUUAACCACGAGUGGACGUAUCGAAGAGCCCCUGGAGACCCAUUGUCCGAUUGGGAUAUUUGUAUAAGUGACAGUAACUCGGAUACUGACGAUGGUGACAUGCUCGAAUGGACUACUGAGAUUAUGGCUACUGACCUAAGAUGUAAUCAGCCCUAUCAAAACUGGAAUACAGCAGCGGUGCCUCCAAGAACGACAAUGCCUUACGACGACUUUAGCUGGUAUGUACGACCACUACCACCAUCAACAAAAUCCUUCAAUGCAAACGUUCACCAACAACAUCAACAAUUAACUAGAACUAGCCGCCAAAAUCAGCGCCAGCGCCGCCAACCACCACCACAGUUACAACCUCAACCCCUUGAACCACCCCCACCACCACCAGCAUUAAGUGUAGCGUUCACUGCAGUUGCAUGUCCGUGGUGGACUGUUUUAGAAGAUCUGCUUCUUGCUUGUACCACAAAUACAUCGGAAAGACCAUCGUCAUCGAACAAAUCAGCGGCGAGCUUACCACUGCUCACGUUUGAUUAACUCUCAACUAUAUUUGCUCAUCAUUAAAUUACAUCAACUAUACUCGCCCUGGUGAUUGGCAUUAAACUCACUUUUUCAUCAUUUUACCUUAAUGAAAACAGUAAGUGUAGCUGAUAUGAAAAAAAAAUUACUUUCACACUAUUGCGGACAAACGCAAAAUAUAUUCAAGCAAUUAAAAUAUGGUUGUGGACUUAAAAAUGUUAAUGGAAAUAAAAGUGACAUUGAAAAUACAAUAGUGAAGACAAUAUUUGAAAACCUCUGUUGAAGACAAAAGUUGUCCGACUUUGUUAAGAUUCGAGGAUUUACGUUUACAAUUUGUAAAACAAAAAUAUUAACUUCUGAUAAGCAUGAUCAUGUGAGAGCAAAAACAAAUCUAAAUUCACUCAUCACUAAACGCUCCAUUUCAUUCUAUCACUCAGGAUCGGAUGGCAGAAAUGUAUAAAUCAUCGUCUAAAAAGUAAUAAUAAACGUCAACACUCGCAUAUCAACAAUUUGACACUCAAAACGUCUCAACUGUAUUUAAUGGCUAGUAAAAAUAACCUUUUACUUUUAAAAAUGGAAUUUCAUUACUACGAAAUAGAGUGAAGUUAGGUAUUUUUGUGACAUAGGCAAUUUGUUGAAUAUUUAAUGUUAUUCCUUAAUACCCGAUUGACUUGGAAAUGACAUUGGUCCUUAAAAUUACCGUGUUUUUAAGUAUCAUUGUAAUUUUCAAGUCAAUCGUGUAACAAGGAAUUGCAUUUUACGUUCAACAAAUAAUAUCACGAAAUUUCCUGUGCCAUGAAAAUACUUUACCUCACCCUAUCACUAUACGCGAUAAUAUCUCUGGCAAUUAUAAAUUAAUUUAUAUUAUUCCUAUUUCAUUGUUUUUGUGAAUUUAUUUUUUAAAAUGCUUCAG